ACCGUACCAUCAAUACGAAAAAUAACUCCUGAUCCAUCCCAGACCUCCGCUCCGACCCCAAAGAAACAAAGACAAGAAAAAAAUAAAACCAAAACCAACUAGUUAAACAACCACCACAGAAGUUGAACCAAGCAAAGGAGCGAAGAAGAAGAAAAGAAACAGAAAAAAUAAAAACAAAAACAAAAACCAUGCCCCCAAAAUCCAAAUCCAAAAAGGACAUCAUUUCCUCCAAACCACAGCAACAACAACAAACCCCUAAACCAAACUGGCCUCCUCUCCGCCCCCUCAUCCCCUCAUCCGACCUCAGCCUCGACCCCCUCCUCCCCGACCAAAUCUACCUCAUUCCAAACUUCUUCACCGCAAACCUCUGCAAAAACUACGUCUCAUUCCUCUCCUCCCUGCCCCUGACCACUACCCCCGGGAAACCGAAAAAGGGCGACGCUGUUCGUGUCAACGAUCGCUUCCAGAUCGAGGAUGAGCGGUUUGCGGAGUCGUUGUGGAGCGGGACAGCGCUGAAGGACUUAGUGAUGAACGAGGAUGGGGAGGGGGAGAGGUCUAUGAAGGAGAUCUGGGGUGGGGAGCCUUUGGGGUUGAAUGCGAAUAUUCGGAUCUAUCGGUAUUCGAAGGGACAGUUUUUUGCCCAGCAUUACGACGAUUCCAACACCCUCACUUUCUCUUCCCCCUCCCAUCCAUCUCAACCUGCUCGCACCACGUGGACCCUUCUUAUUUACUUGACUACCUGCUCGGGGGGUGAAACUAUCUUCUACCCAGACUCGACUCGCGGGAAUCGCAACCCCGAGCCUGUUUCAGUGGCCCCUGUCACGGGCAUGGCACUACUACAUCGGCAUGGCGACCGAUGUCUCCUGCAUGAGGGCAGUGAGGUUUCAGACGGCGAAAAGUGGGUGUUGCGGAGUGAUUUGGUGGUCCGAUGAUGAGUGUCGGCCGUCUAGGCCCUAUUACUACUUACGUCUCUACUUCGACGU